AUGAGGGUCCAAAUGCUGAUCGGCUAUGCCCGUAUCUCGAAAGGCGAUGAUCAGAGCACGGCACUGCAGCUGCGUGCGCUCAAGGAGGCGGGGUGCAAGCGUGUCUUUGAGGAGGCCGCCAGCGGUGGGAGGUGGGAUCGCCCGGAAUUGCACCGCAUGCUCGAUCAACUCCGUGAAGGCGACGUCAUUGUUGUGUGGAAGCUGGAUCGGUUGUCGCGGUCGCUCAAAGACCUGCUUCACCUGCUCGACAGGAUCGAAGCUGCUAAUGCAGGUUUCCGAUCGCUCACUGAAAGCAUCGACACCACCACGCCCGCAGGCCGCAUGAUGAUGCAGAUGGUUGGCAGCUUUGCAGAAUUUGAGCGCGCGAUGAUCCGCGAGCGGACCAAGGCGGGUCUCGAUCAGGCUCGUUCUGAGGGCCGCAUCGGCGGUCGCCGCCCCAAGCUCAAUGCCAAGCAGCGGGCGGAAAUAGCCGAGAGCGUGAUCUCAGGUCGCAAGUCCGCUGCUGAAAUGGCCCGUAUAUUCGGGGUGAGCCAGCCUACUGUUUCCAGAAUCGUUGCGACGGUGCGGCAUGGCUGA